AUGGGUGUUGUAGUCCCCAGACUGCGGCUGAGCGGAGGGGAGCUCGUGAAGAGGCGGGCGUAUGACCAGUGCUUCCAGGGGCUCUCUAAGGAGGCAGGGGCUUUGAACAUUGGACAGAGAUGGGGAGACCCCUCUCCGACAGCCACGCUCAGCAUAGAUCUGCGUCAAGUCAAGAGCGCGGCUUCCUUCUUCGAGCUCCGCACCUACGACCCAGAAGGCAUCGUCUUCUACGGGGACACGAGCCCCAGCACCGACUGGUUCGUGCUGGCGUUGCGCGGGGGGAAACUCGAAAUGCAGAUCCACAACAGCGUCGUAAACCUCACUGUCUCUAUGGGACAGCGCAUCAACGAUGGCCAAUGGCACCAGAUCAUGGUGAAGAACGAAGGGGACUGCGUGGCGCUCGAACUGGACAGGAGUUACAAGCUGACUCUCUGUGAGGUUUCUCACGCCAUCAUUGAUCACCCGUUCCCGGAGAUGCGCAUCGGCGUUGGGGGUCUGCUCAUCCCCCAGAAGGAUUUGCUCAUUCCCAUGAACACCGCCAUGGACGGCUGCUUGAGGCGGUGGAACUGGCUGAACACGAGUACCGCCUGGCAGGAGGGGGCCGCCCUGGAGGGCGAGGGGACCAAGGCCUGCUUCGCCAGCAUCCACCGGGGCAGCUUCUUCCCAGGAGGGGGGCUGGCCAGCUUCCUGCUGUCAGGCCUCCCCACCAGACUCAGCCACAACAACGAGAGCUGGUCGCCAAACAACGAGAGCUGGUCGCUGAACAACGAGAGCUGGUCGCUGGCCGUGGAGGUGUCGCUCCGUGCCGGCCCGCAGAAAGGGACGAUCGUGGCCGUCUCGCCUUCAGCGCAGGCCCCGAUCCUCAGUCUGAGGCUGGAGGACACGGACCUGAUAGCCCAACUGGGGGAGAAGGUGGUUCUAAAGAUCCCGUUGCCCGGGGCGGGCUGCCCAACUUCUGAUCUCCAGCUGCGCGUCACUUCCGCAGAGCUCACCUUGCGCCUGAGCACCGGCGAGACCUCCGCGCCGAUCCCGGAGGCCGAUUUCAAGUCACUGCGGCACCUCUGGCUGAGUGGGGAAGGCCAUCUCUUCAUUGGAGGGCUCCCUGCUGAGAGGGAGCAUCGGCACCCCCCUUCACCUGUGGAAGAAGCCCCAGACGGCUCCCUCGCUCUGGCCAGGCGGCCCCCAGACUAG